CUCCUCCCUGUUUUACUAUUUACUAUCUUAGUAUCUAUAUGGCUGUAGCUAUCCGUAGACUCUUCUCAACUACACAUCUUUAUAUUUCCUCUCUUUCGCUCUUUCUCUGAAGAAAGCAAACAGGACAAACUCCAAUACUCCAUAGCUGCUCAUUACUUUCUUGGGGACGAUGACAUGGAUAUGCAUGGGUUCAUGUCUCCACAAACUUCUUUCUCUUUUUUUAGCAUCUAUCCUUGCAUUAAGUGGAGUCUCUGGAAGGUUUGUGGUUGAGAAGAAUAACAUCCGAGUGCUAUCUCCGUUGAGUCUGAUAGGAAAGCAUGAUGGUUCCAUAGGGAACUUUGGAAUACCAGACUAUGGUGGGUUCAUUAUAGGCUCCGUGGUUUAUCCAGAGAAAGGGGCUAAUGGUUGUGAAUCCUUUACUGGUCAACCCUUCAAGUCCAAGUCUCCUCGCCCCUCUGUCGUCCUUCUUGAUCGUGGAGAAUGCUACUUCGCCUUGAAGGUAUGGCAAGCGCAACAGGCUGGAGCUGCAGCAGUGUUGGUGGCUGAUAGUGUAGAUGAACCUCUAAUAACUAUGGAUUCUCCUGAGGAAAGCAGGGAUACAAAUGAGUUUGUGGAGAAGAUAGGAAUCCCGUCGGCUUUGAUAGAAAAGUCUUUUGGUGACAGCCUGAAGGAGGCCCUGAAAAAGGGUGAAGAUGUAGUGGUAAAAUUAGACUGGAGGGAGUCGAUGCCCCAUCCAGACCAGAGAGUUGAAUAUGAACUGUGGACCAAUAGCAAUGACGAGUGUGGAGUUCGUUGUGAUGAGCAGAUGAAUUUUGUAAAGAAUUUCAAAGGCCAUGCCCAGAUACUUGAAAAGGGGGGUUACACCUUGUUCACACCACAUUACAUAACUUGGUAUUGUCCUCAAGCUUUUAUAUUCAGCAGUCAGUGCAAGUCUCAGUGCAUAAACCAUGGAAGAUAUUGUGCCCCUGAUCCAGAACAAGAUUUUGGAGAGGGAUAUCAAGGAAAGGAUGUGGUGUUUGAGAACUUGAGACAGCUCUGUGUGCACAGAGUUGCCAAUGAGAGCAGCAGACCUUGGAUUUGGUGGGACUACGUCACGGAUUUCCAUAUCAGGUGUUCAAUGAAGGAGAACAGAUAUAGCAAACAAUGUGCUGAGGAUGUCAUGAAGUCUCUCGAUUUGCCUAUUGAGAAAAUCAAAAAGUGCAUGGGUGAUCCUGAAGCUGAUGUCGAGAACGAAGUCUUGAAAAAGGAGCAAGAACUUCAGGUUGGCCGAGGUUCUCGUAGCGACGUUACCAUUUUGCCGACAUUGGUUAUCAAUGAUGUUCAAUAUCGAGGAAAACUGGAAAGAAGUGCUGUGCUUAAGGCCAUUUGUGCUGGAUUUAAGGAGACCACAGAACCUUCAGUUUGUUUAAGUGCAGAUAUUGAAACUAAUGAAUGCCUUGAAAGAAAUGGUGGUUGUUGGCAGGAUAAACGUGCCAACAUAACAGCAUGCAAGGACACAUUCAGGGGAAGAGUAUGUGAAUGCCCCAUUGUGAAGGGCGUGCAGUACAGAGGCGAUGGUUACAUAUCUUGUGAAGCCUUCGGGCCUGCGAGAUGUACGAUUAACAACGGAGGUUGCUGGUCUGACGCAAAAGAUGGAUUAACUUUCUCGGCUUGCUCAGAAAAGCAAUUAAAAGGUUGUCAUUGUCCACAAGGCUUCCGAGGGGAUGGUCAUAAAUGUGAAGAUAUCAAUGAAUGCAAAGAACGAAGUGCCUGCCGGUGCGAUGGUUGCUCCUGUAAAAACACUUGGGGUUCAUAUGAGUGCAAGUGUAAGGGGAAUCUUCUGUAUAUAAAAGAGCAAGAUGCUUGCAUUGAGAGAAACGGAUCGCGCUUUGGGUGGUUCCUCACCCUCUUGGUACUGGCAGCUGUGGUUGCUGCUGGCUUAGCUGGGUAUAUAUUCUACAAAUAUAGGCUCAGGUCUUACAUGGACUCGGAGAUCAUGGCUAUCAUGUCGCAGUACAUGCCGCUAGACAAUCAGCAUAACAAUGAAGUUGCUAGUGAGGCGCAGCCUUUGCGACAACGCUCAACAGCAUAAACGAGGGUAAGGAGAAAGCAUGGAUUAUGGUAUUAUGUUGGCCCUCCCAUGAAAUUCGAGCCGUCCAUAUAUACGUGUAUAUAUAUACAGCUCUUAUGAAAUUACAAAAAGACACAUGUUUAACUGGUAUACAGGCACACCCACGAUGAGUCAUGGUUGUAUUCAAAUUUUCCUUCACAUAUAAGUGAGAAGAGAAGAGAAUCCUCUUUUGUAGUUGUAGUUGUAGUUUUGUGUGUAUGUACAUAACAUAGUUGAUAGGUAAACAAAGGUUGAAAUUCAGAUGAUGACUCAUGUCAAGGCAUGAUCUAUAUAUAUACAUACAUUUUAUAGUAGUAAUAAGAGAAAAGGGUUGGUGUGAAAUUGAUUAA